UUAUGGACCGCUAGGCGGGGAGGCUCCUGAGGGCGGCGGCUGCGGGGCGGAGGCCGGGAGCGUGGGGCCCCGGGCCGCCUCCGGGGGAGCAGGGGAGGCUGGGCGCGGCUGUGGGGCCGAGGACACAGGCCCGCUCCGCGUGUGGCCGGCCUGACGGGAGAAGAGGGUGUCGGGUCAAAAGGCCCGCUCGGGGGUCCGGGCUCUGGGGCGGCGGGGAGGACGCGCGCGUGCCGGUCUUUCGACCCUCCCUCGGCGAGGACCGCAGAAAACUAAAGCCUGUCUUUUUCAGCAGAGCCCUUGGCGGAAGCCUGAGUUUGGUGUCGCGGGACGGCCAGCGCCCGGGGGGUCAGAGGCCCGGGGUCAGGGGUCUCUAGACCCCGCCCACAUUUAAGGCUGGGAGUUUGCAGCUGGCAGCUCUCAGGCAGCCUCCGUUUUCUCACCUGUCAAGUGGAGUGAUGCCUGGUCCCGGUUCGGCCUGCACCGAGCCCUUGAGACCCUGGGCCUCGCGGGCAGGGCCUGCCCGCGCCGCCGACACGGGAUCCUAGUGCUGGCUCAGGGAUCUGGUGCAGGUUUUAUUCAUGCCUUUGUCGUCCCUGGAGUUUGCAGGGAGAGGUGGCGAGAAGUAAUUCUGUAGAACUGUACGUUUGGAUUGAAGGUCUAGAUUGGGCAAACCAGACGUCUCCACAGCUGUUUCAGUGGUUUUACACAGAUUUGAAGCCAUGAUUCAGGCGUUUGUUUAGGGUACCAUGUGCCUUGAAUCAGGGCGGGACAGGAUGGGGGCACUCAGAACUGGGAGAAUCAUUCAUAGGCAUUGCUGGGUGGUUCCAGGUGCUACCGUAUCACUUCUUCCUCUCACACUAGUUUCACUGUUGAAGUUAUGUUACUCCCCAGAACCUUAGAUUCCAAGAGGAGAGUGAGGCUGGCAUUUCUGUCGAGAGGGUAAAUGUUUGCUUUUGCUCACUCCAGCUCAGUGCUUUCACCCUAAUAAAUGGAGUUCACCAGGGCAUAUAAAAGAAGUGGUGGUGGGCUUCCCUGAUGGCGCAGUGGUUGAGAGUCCGCCUGCCGAUGCAGGGGACACGGGUUUGUGCCCCGGUCCGGGAGGAUCCCACAUGCCGCGGAGCGGCUGGGCCCGUGAGCCAUGGCCGCUGGGCCUGCGCGUCCGGAGCCUGUGCUCCGCAACGGGAGAGGCCACAGCAGUGAGAGGCACGUGUACAGCAAAAAAAAAAAAAAAAAGAAGAAGUGGUGGUGAAACGGGAAUAACCAGAACUGUGAGUGGGAAGGAGAAAUGGACCUGGCCUGACCUCUCUUACUGGGUUAGCAGUUCAGAGGAGCAGGUGCUUUUUCUCCGGCCUUGGUGAGGUGGCCUGCGGAGCUGAACAGUUGGUCUCGGUCUCUGUUUACUCUCCUUUGAUAAAAGGUGCAUCUUAGAUAGUUGAAUCUUUGACUUUUGCUGGAAGGCCAUUGGUUAAUUGGGCCUCAAAGAACAUAAUAUUAAUGAGAAUAUAUCACAGUGAGUGUGGGAUUUGUGGCAUUUAAUGACCAGAAACUCAAAUGAAAAGUACCUGAUGUAGCAUAUUGUCCUGCUAAAUAGGGUUUCUUUUGUGAUUGAAAACUUUGACUUGUAUGCUGUGCCUCUGCCUUCAGGGAUCCCUGUCUUUGAGGUAAGAGCCUCAGCUGAAACCCUCUGAGUUGGCUGGAAGGUUGGUAUGCUCUUUUAUGGGUGUGGGAAGAGGGUUGACCUUACUGAACUCACACUGCACUUCCUCGAUCUGUUGCCAGGCUUCAUGUCUCAGUGGAUAAAGUCUCUCCUGUCUUUAGAAGUCACUUCAGAAUCCUAUACCAAGAAAAAGAUGCUCUUUAACUCCAGUGUAUCCACACGCAGGCGCUUUUCUGGCGUCCUGCUCCGUAACUACAGAGAUGUAGUAGGGUCUUGUGACUCUGCAGCUGCAGUUCUGAAAUACUUCCUGUCACUGCGGUGCUGAGUUUGCUCCCUGUCCCUGAGCACUUUCUUCCUGUCACUGCUGAGGUUUGAGUCUUGCCACGUGAUGGAACCUGAGUUGUCAGUUGGAGGAAGGGGGGAGAACCAAUUUUGAAGGCGCCCAUUCCAGGAUUUUCUGUGCUUCAUAUUGAUUCCAGGUUUUAAAGAUGAGUCAGGACUUCCCUGGCGGUCCAGUGGUUGGGACUCCGAGCUUCCACUGCAGUGGGCACGGGUUCAGUCCCUAGUUGAGGAACUAUCAAUAGGAUCCUGCAUGCCUCGAGACACGGCCAAACAAACGAAACAGAUGAUGGGUCACAUGAUUUCUUUUCCCCUGUAUUUGUAAGGUGGAGCAGGACGUGUUGGGUCGCACAGAGCAGAAACUGGAUGUUAGAAAAUGCACCUGGGAGGCUGGAAGUUUCUUUAAUCUUAAUCGGGCCCUAGUGGAGUUUCGUACGUUGUCUUGGCUGUUUCUGGGCCCAGGUUGUCAGUUUCCUUAAACUGAAUUACGAUCCUCUCCUCGGGCUUUGUUUGCUGUGUUGUUGGUUUGUGGCAGAGAGACAAGAUGUGACAUUUUUGCUGGGAGCCUUGGAGUGAUUAUUUCCUCUGUGGUAAUAGUAAGGGGAAGUUGUGGACUUUAAGAGAGUAAAAUUAAAUUUUAAGAAACGUUUUAAAAUGCCGGUAUGUCAGUGCUCCUGGGGAGUACCUGCUUUUAAUUUAUAUCAGAUUGUCUUCAACUGAGGCCCUUCCUUCGAUUACCUUCCAUUUGGACACACAAUUCUGUGUACCUUUUCCUUCUGAAAAAAGAAUGGAGAUCAGCCUGAGCCUCUGACUGCUUUCCAGAACCACUGUAUCUGCCGAGGUCACUUGCUGGAGUCCUCGUGACAACUGCAUCCAGUGCUGGUCGGGGGGUGGAGUACAGUUUAUGAUCCUGCACAAGUGCCUCCAGGCCUGUUGAUCAAUUGGACCCUGUCUCGAGGCAGCACUGACAGAUUCUUCUUCCUUCCAAGAAUCUCCAAGGUCUGCGGUCUGGUUGAAAGAUGUCGGCCCUCACUGCCCUGUUUAAGUACGUUGAUGAGAAUCAGGAUCGCUACAUUAAGAAACUUGCAGAAUGGGUGGCCAUCCAGAGCGUGUCUGCGUGGCCGGAGAAGAGAGGUGAGAUCAGGAGGAUGAUGGAGGUCGCCGCUGCCGACAUCAAGAAGCUGGGGGGCUCCGUGGAGCUGGUGGACAUUGGAAACCAGAAGCUCCCUGAUGGCUCGGAGAUACCACUUCCGCCCAUCUUACUCGGCACACUGGGCUCCGACCCGCAGAAGAAAACGGUGUGCAUUUAUGGACAUCUGGACGUGCAGCCGGCAGCCCUGGAGGACGGCUGGGACAGCGAGCCCUUCACCUUGGUGGAGCGAGACGGCAAACUGUACGGGAGAGGAGCCACCGAUGAUAAGGGGCCAGUGGCCGGCUGGAUGAACGCCCUGGAAGCCUUCCAGAAAACGUGUCAGGAAGUCCCCGUCAACGUCCGCUUCUGUCUGGAGGGCAUGGAGGAGUCUGGCUCCGAAGGCCUGGACGCGCUGAUCUUUGCCCAGAAGGACGCGUUCUUUAAGGAUGUGGACUACGUCUGCAUCUCCGACAACUACUGGCUGGGGAAGAACAAGCCCUGCAUCACCUACGGGCUCCGGGGCAUCUGCUACUUCUUCAUCGAGGUGGAGUGCAGCAACAGGGACCUGCACUCCGGCGUGUACGGCGGCUCGGUGCACGAGGCCAUGACUGACCUCAUCAUGCUGAUGGGCUCCUUGAUGGACCGGAAGGGGAGGAUCCUCGUCCCCGGCAUCAGUGAGGCAGUGGCCUCCGUGACGGACGAGGAGCUGGAGCUCUACGACAAGAUCGACUUCGACCUGGAGGAGUACGCCCGGGAUGUGGGGACAGAGACCCUGCUGCAUGACUGCAAGAAAGACAUCCUGAUGCACAGAUGGCGGUACCCGUCCCUCUCCUUCCACGGGAUCGAAGGUGCCUUCUCUGGGUCGGGGGCCAAGACCGUGAUUCCUCGCAAGGUGGUCGGCAAGUUCUCCAUCAGGCUCGUGCCAGACAUGACUCCUGAAGUGGUCACCGAGCAGGUUACGAGCUACUUGACCAAGAAGUUUGCUGAACUGGACAGUCCCAACAAGUUCAAGGUGUACCUGGGCCACGGUGGGAAGCCCUGGGUAUCCGACUUCAACCACCCUCAUUACUUGGCUGGGAGAAGAGCCCUGAAGACAGUUUUUGGUGUUGAGCCGGACUUGACCAGGGAAGGCGGCAGUAUUCCUGUGACUUUGACAUUUCAGGAGGCCACGGGGAAGAAUGUCAUGCUGUUGCCCGUGGGGUCAGCAGAUGAUGGAGCCCACUCCCAGAAUGAGAAGCUCAACAGGCACAACUACAUUGAAGGCACCAAGAUGCUGGCUGCGUACCUGUACGAAGUGUCCCAGCUGAAGAACUGAGCACCGCCCUCCUCCCAUCACCUCGCGCUCUUCCCGUCGCUCAGGAACGUGGAAGCCCGUCUCUCUCCUUUCCCUCUCGUCAGAUUCUCCAGGCAUCCGGCAGUGGACACAAGACCACAUCUCAGGAUGGAGUUAACCUAUCCCGGCAGCGAUCAAUGUUCAGUCCUGGGGGCUUGUAAACGACCCUGGGUGACAGCUGAAUUCUCAGUGGUGUCUCCAGAAAAUAGCCGAGGCCUAAAAGCACAGGUUCUUCUGUAGAAAGUUCUGGUCGAUGUCUCCUGGGCUGAAGAGAGGACUUGGUGCUUCCUGGUCCCACCUCUGCCCCCAGAGCCAGGGUCGCACACACCUGGAGCAUUGAGUCGCGGGCACCUGGUGCCUCGAGGGCCAUCCUUUCUGUCCGCUGCUGUCUUGGGCACAUUCUGUCCUUUUCUCGAGACCUUAACUGUUACUGGUGUUCCACAUCUUCUCUUUACUACGAUCCCUCAAAACCUAAACCUGCUGGGAGGGUUAUCUGAUCUCAAUCUGAGUUGCUAAAUAAAAAUAAAAACUGAGCCUCUG